CUAUGGUCUAGUGGGGAUAAUGAUGCUUGUUGAGAAACAACGUAAAUUUAUAUAUAUAUAUUUCUUAUUAUAAUUAUGUUAUAUUGUAUCAUCAUGAUACAUGAAAUGUAUCAAUUCUCAAAAUUUUUUAAGAAAUAUUUAUAAAUAUUCAAAAAUUCUCUAAAUUAAUCAGAAUUUUUCAUUUUUCAUCUAAGUUUUUCUGAGAAACGUUCCAAUUCUUAUAAAAAAUCAGAAAAUUCUGAGAAAAAUCUAAAAAAUUCUGAAAAAUUUUUCCACCAGGGUAUUUUAAAUUAAAUUCGCAUUGAUAGAAUGACAGGUUACAUCUGUAUAGGAUUAUUAUUAGCGCUCCAGAUAUCUAUUGUAAUACAGACCCAAGAUUGUUUUUCGAAAACAACUAUCAUAUCGGAUUUUAUAGACAUUACUUUGUUCAACAAAUAAUUUUAAAAGAUACUUUUUGAUAUUAGUUUCACAUCAAAUAAUCCAUCAAUUAACAUAAUGCAUAAAUGUUAAAUAAAUUAAUUGAAUAAAAUUAAUAGCUUUAUAAGUGUUAUUUUAUUUUAAUGUCUAACAUGUUAAACUUAUUUACAUACCCAGAUAGCACAGGAUAUCUUAUAGACAUCAAGUUUAAGUCCAAGUUGCGUCCGAACGUCCGUGGACGCAAAAUGGACAUUUAAUGGACGUCCGUGUUGUACAUUAAAUGGAUGUCUUUUUUCGGACAUCUUAUGAACAUCCAAUUUUUAUCCACGUUUAAUUUUAUGAUUUUAUAUAAAUUACAAACUUUAUAAACUCUCUAAAAAACAUACGAUAUAAUAUUGUUACGCGCGCUGCCCGGUAUACUCUGCGAUCGCGAGUCAGUUGUCGGAUCGGGAAUAUCGAUCGGCGGCGGCCGUCAGCUGUCAAGAGCUACGGCAAUGGGGUUAAACAAGGAAGAAUAGACAGUCUCGGAGCGACUUCGAGUUUGUACGGACGUUUUACUAUAACUGCAAUAAAAGCUGUUCGAUUCUUCUGAUUUAAGGGGCUACAUACACCCAGAGACGUAAAAAAUAGAACAUGUUUCAGAAUAAAUUUGAACUAAAAAUAUUAAAAAAUGGCGGAGAUAUUGUCCUCGUCGCAAGACCUUGUCAAGGCUAUCUGUAAUGUUUUUUGUAAAAAUAGAAAAACUCCGUUAAUGAUUGGUUCUGUUAAAUCUAAUCUUGGCCAUGCUGAAGCAGCAAGUGGCAUCACUCAGAUUGCUAAGGUAAUAAUAGCAUUCGAAAGCGGGUUUGUUCCUCCAAAUAUUAACUAUACAACACCACGGAAUGAUAUAGACGCCUUAAUGAAUGGAACUGUUUGUGUCGUCCAAGAACCGAUUCCACUUAAGAACGGUUACAUAGGUAUCAAUUCUUUUGGUUUCGGAGGAGCUAAUGUUCAUACAUUGUUAAAGUGGAAUCAAAAACAGAAAAUUAACAACGGUUUACCGAAUGAUGACUUGCCCAGACUUGUGAUAUUAUCUGGACGUACUGAAGAAUCUGUGAAGUUGUUUCUAAACGACGUCGUUAAUCAUCCAAUAGAUAAAGAAUACAUCCGUUUAUUACACGACAUCCAUGCAGACAAUAUAGAAGGUCACCCAUGGAGAGGAUUUAUUAUACUUAAUAAUCAGCAAAAAAACCAAUAAAGGAAAUUCAAAACUGUGAAAGUAUGAAAAGACCUGUUUGGUUUAUAUUUUCUGCUCUAGGCACACAAUGGCCAGGAAUGGG